UCGUUUCUGUUAUGAUUGAUAGGCUUUAUUAUCUCUGACAGUCUGACCCCCUCUUUGAGUCUUUUUAGUUUUCAGGUUUUUCUCUCUGCAAAAUCUUGAAGCAUUAAAAUUCUUAAGGAUUUUUGAACAUAGUUAACUGUAUUUAUUAGCCUAAAUCUAGUUUCAGUAGUACAAUUUUAUUCCCCGCAAACGAAAUGGCUACAUCUGAAUCUGAAGUUUUAGAAGAAACGUAUGACUUAUCCAGAUCUCCUGUAUUUACGGCUUCUGAUAUGGAAAAAUUAAGAACCAAGGACAAAAAAGAGGGUGUUCCUCUUCAAACCCCAUGGACAUUUUGGAUUGACAAGGCAAGUAAUGCAUCGUCAGCUGCCCAGUAUCAGGCUAAUUUAAAGAAAAUCUACUCAGUAUCUACAGUUCAAGAUUUCUGGGCUGUCUUAAAACACAUCCCCAGUGUAGAAGCUCUACCGCCCAGAUAUAGUUAUCAUUUAAUGAGGGAUGUGAUCCAACCAAUGUGGGAGGACGAGAUGAACAAGUACGGUGGCACUUGGCGACUUAAAGUAGCAAAGAAGGAUACGCCGACAGUUUGGCAGGAGCUGCUACUUGCUGCUAUAGGAGAGCAAUUGUCUGAGGGUCUCUGCGAAGGAGACUCCAUCUGUGGGGUGACAGUAGCUGUCAGGGAAAAGGAUGAUCUUGUUCAGGUAUGUGUAAUAAUAUCACUGAGGCUAAAUAUCACAAGACUAAAUAUCUUCUAGCAUCCCUUUAACCAC